ACAGGUAGCACUAUAGAGCUAAUGCAACAAGGAAUAUAAUACAAGCAUGAACAACAAUCCCUGUAAAGAUAUAUGAUUGAUUAUCCUUCCAUAAUUUUAAAGUUCAAAAUCCGUGAUUUUGUGAAACUGACUCUUUAAAUAAUGAAUAUCAGAAUGUCCAAGUUUUUCUCUAAACGCCGCCUUCACCUCUGCUUCACGAAACAACACCACCAAUCAAGCAUGGAGGAAGACGACGACUUGUUCUACUCGUCUUCAGCAGACUCUGACACAUGUGAUGAUGAAUUACCACCUCACUUACCAUCCGUGAUCUCCUCAAAGCGCUUCUUCUUCUCUUCACCAAGCCGCUCCAGCUCCAUCAUUGAUCAGCACAUAAUUGAGGGAGGAGUGGGAGUCACCAAGCACUCCCUCGACCCCUACAUGGAUUUCCGGCGUUCCAUGCAGGAAAUGGUUCAUUCCAGGGACACAAAAGACUGCGAGUAUCUGCAGCAGCUUCUAUUGUGCUACCUUUCUCUCAACCACCCACACACUCAUAACUACAUCCUCGCUGCCUUCGCUGACCUCCUCCUUCACCUCUUCUCCUCUGACCACCACCACCACCACGCCAGCAACCACUCCUCUUCAGGGCUUCUAAUUUCCUCUCAACAUAAUAAUAAUAAUAUUUAAUCGUUAUUACGACUUCAUAAGUUAAGUAAGUUAAAUAUUUAGUUUAGUUUAUCACACAGAAUCUAGUUUUACCAAAUGAUUUUAUCUUCUGCAUCUUUUGAAACUCAUUUGUCAAAAUAGUAAUAUUUCAAAGUUCAAAAUGGCUUUUCCUUAUUGUUAUUAU